UGUGGCAAGUAUUCAGUGUGGAAGAGCUUGGGGUUUAGUCUCCCACCAUCCCAUUCCAAAAGUGAAGCAAAUAACUGAUUGCUGCAUGAUUAGGUAUUUUUCUUUGAUAAUCUGACUGCGAUUUCUUUAAGACCUGUUUCAAGUUUUUAGAGUAAAGAAGUUUAAGUGACUGCUCUACUUGAUCAAAAUGGUGGACACGGAAAACCAGCUCUAUCCCCUUACUCAUUUGGAGGAGGAUGAUAUCGGCAGGCCCUAUUUGUCUGGAGAGUUCCUACAAGAUAUGGAGAACAUUCAAGACCUCUCUCAGUCUCUAGGUGAUGAUAGCUCUGGAGCUUUAAGUUUAACAGAGUUCCAGUCACUGGGAAAUGGUCCAGGAUCUGAUGGAUCAGUUAUAACAGACACCCUUUCACCAGCAUCCAGUCCUUCAUCCAUUAAUUUUGCCACAGCUCCAGGUAGCAUAGAUGAAUCACCCAGUGGAGCAUUAAACAUUGAAUGUAGAAUUUGUGGGGAUAAAGCCUCAGGCUACCAUUACGGAGUACAUGCUUGUGAAGGUUGUAAGGGUUUUUUUAGAAGAACAAUUCGAUUAAAACUCAUCUAUGAUAAAUGUGAUCGCAACUGCAAAAUUCAGAAAAAAAAUCGUAAUAAGUGCCAAUACUGUCGUUUUCAAAAGUGCCUUUCAGUUGGAAUGUCACAUAAUGCAAUACGUUUUGGACGAAUGCCAAGGUCUGAGAAGGCCAAGUUGAAAGCAGAAAUUCUAACAGGUGAAAAUUACGUAGAAGAUUCAGAAAUGGCAGAUCUUAAAUCACUUGCCAAAAGAAUUCAUGAUGCUUACCUGAAAAACUUCAAUAUGAACAAGGUUAAAGCCAGAAUCAUCCUUGCAGGGAAAACUAAUAACAAUCCACCAUUUGUUAUACAUGAUAUGGAUACCUUGUGUAUGGCAGAGAAGACACUGGUGGCCAAAUUGGUAGCCAAUGGAAUUCAGAACAAGGAAGCAGAAGUUAGGAUCUUCCACUGCUGCCAGUGUACAUCAGUAGAGACUGUCACAGAACUUACUGAAUUUGCCAAAUCUAUCCCUGGCUUUUCCAAUCUUGACUUGAAUGAUCAAGUGACACUGUUAAAAUACGGAGUUUAUGAAGCCAUAUUUGCCAUGUUAGCAUCUGUGAUGAACAAGGACGGGAUGCUCGUAGCCUAUGGAAACGGUUUUAUAACCCGGGAGUUCCUGAAAAGUCUGAGAAAGCCAUUCUGUGAUAUAAUGGAGCCAAAAUUUGAUUUUGCAAUGAAAUUCAAUGCACUGGAAUUGGAUGAUAGUGAUAUAUCCCUUUUUGUUGCUGCCAUCAUUUGCUGUGGAGAUCGUCCUGGCCUUGUAAAUGUAGGACACAUUGAAAAAAUGCAGGAGAGCAUUGUGCAUGUACUGAAACUUCACCUGCAAACCAACCAUCCUGAUGACAUCUUCCUCUUCCCAAAACUUCUCCAAAAAAUGGCUGACCUCCGACAACUUGUCACAGAGCAUGCUCAGCUUGUUCAGAUAAUUAAGAAGACUGAAUCUGAUGCACAUUUACACCCUUUACUACAGGAAAUCUACAGGGAUAUGUAUUAAGGAUUUUUAGUAUUUUUUCCACAUUAUUUAAAGACAAGCAAUACUAAUAACAGAUGGGAGCAAAACUCACAGCAGAACUGUGCAAAAAGCAGUUAUCUGCUGUUCACUCAGUCCAGAGCAUGAAAAAUCUAAAAGCAGGGUAACAGGGGUGUUACACUUUUUUUGGUUUCUUUUGGGAUCUUUUGUCUUCUUUUUGAAAGAGUUCUGCAGAAAAAUACUGAUCGUAGUGCUCAUGAAGUGUCUUACAAUGGUUCUUUUAUUUGGAAAUUUGAAGAUUGGUAAGGAAUACAUAUUUGUAUAAUAAAUCAGAAUGUUAAGUAACAAAUGAACAGAAUUG